AAAAUCGUACGACAUCCGCGGUCUAACGUUAAAUGAACACGUGCUACCAACCGUUAACGUCUGUGGGAGAACUGGCCAGACGUUUAUAAAUCAUUUUAAACAACCAGCUUGUACAACAUUCAUUUUUUUUUUUUACAAAAAAUAGAAAAUGUUAGCAGAGUUUUUGGCUUCAAUAGUGUACCUGAUUCAAAGCUGUACAGGACAAGUGCUUGCCGAAACAUACGAAAAUGUUUUAAGACGCUCCAAAGAUAUGGAAAAGCCUUUUCUCAAUCAAAAUCAAGAAGACUCGGAAUUGCUUGAAGAAUUUACAUCUUUCAACCAAGAAGAUACCAUUUUUCAAGAAUUUGAUCCACCAAAAUGCGGCCUUAAUAAUGAUCCUCAAACAUGGAAAGAAAGUAGGCCAACAUUCAAGAAGUCUUUCUGGGAGUGUCUUAAAAGCGUUCUCCUCAUCCAAACUUUAGGAGGAAGCCUCGUUGGCUUUGUAGCGGUCGUUAUUGUUUUUCUCGAUUUCAAUACCGUAGAACGGUGCUACGAGGAAAAUUCUAACUUUAACUCCAUCCCCGUUAAAGUCCAACGCAUUAGAGUGACUGCACAAACCGUCGAAGGAUUUCUCAUCCAAUUGUGGGACCUUUGUACCAUUAUGUUGGUCUUUCCACUGUCCUUGGUUAGAAAUCUAAGUUUAAUUUCACUUAACAUAUUGGCGUCCUUUAUUGAUGUAACGUACAGACUUUACUGUCAAAUGUAUGGUGUCUAUAGGACCUCUUGGAUGUCAUUCCCUCUUAACGUACUGUUCUGUCUUGUCAUUCUCAUCAACAAUUCUCUUUUAUCGCGCCAUUUUUGUCCGUAUCCAUUGAAGAAGACUGUUUCAUUGUUCUUCAUGUUUUCAGCGCAGUUUAUUUUUGGAAUUCCGAUGGCGUUUUUCUUAGUGUACAAGCUAUUUCCUUUUUAUGUCACGCAAAACGAAAGAAAAAGAAUCGUGAUUGCAACAUUUAGUCCAUUAUUAUCGGCCAUUCCGAAGUUAAUUUCUCGUCUCGGCGCGCAGAAAUUGAACGGUAUCAUCCAUCCUGGCACGGCCCACGUUCUCGUUGCCGUGAUUUAUGGAAUUUCUGCAGUUGUGUUUCGUGUGCUUCAAGCAGAACUGACAAACAUAAGUCUCUUUAUAGCUCUUGGAAUAGCCCAUGGCAUCAUAGAUCUUCUAGAGAGGAUUACUAUUACAAUGAGAGAUCAUAUUUGGGAGUAUUUGUAUCGCUUGGUGCGACGACAGAGAAGUAGACAGCCAAAGUACCGCAGCCCAAGGAGCAGGCGUUUUAUUGCAGAUGUGAGCAUCCAGAUCAUGAUGCAAGAGGCGACUGCUUUGAUCACCGCUCUGGGAUUUGUUUGUGUAUAUCUGUUAACUUAUAGCACACCAAAGCCUUUCUCGAACUACCAACCACUAAUCGAUUUUCUAGUUCGAGCAGGUAUAGGCUUACUCAUUGACUUGGUUUUCAAUGUCAUUUCUCUCUUGAUCCAGACUCGUGUCAUGAAUAUAGCAGUCAACAGGGUUUGGAAGAAGAAAUGGCGACACCAUCUGCUCGUCAACGCCCUUCUUCUAUGUAUUGCUCUUCUCUAUUUCAGUGGGCAUUUAUUCGACGUUAUUAAGAUUAAGCACGCUGCUAAGCAUCAUUCUUUGAAACUUCAUUUUAACUGUUCAUAUCCAAGCCGUUUUAUGCCAACUUUUUAAGUAAGAGGGGGAAAACAAAUCGCAGCCCUCGCUCCAGUACAAGUACGAUCUCAUAAUUGCGAGAUACGAUCUCAUUUCAUAUGGUGACCGAUUCUUCUCCGUUGCUGCCCAUAAACUAUGGAACACUCUUCCACUGUCUCCGGAAAGAAGCCAAGUCUAUUGACAUUUUCAACUCUGGACUCAAAAUGUUUUUAUUCCCUAGCUAAGGAAUUAUUUUAUUCGCUAUAUGCUACUUUAUUUUUAUUUAUUUUUUAACAUUCUACUGUAAAAGCAUUAGAUACCUCCGUUUGGAUGCGUUCUAGAAAGGUCAGUUUAUAUAAUAAGCAGGCAAAGAAAAAGAAAAAUCUACCAAACAAAAAAAAAAAA